AUGUUUGACUGCGAAGCGGCAAUGAUAACGGGAGGUCGGCAGCCGGAAAACAAGGCAGUCCUCCGCUUCCUCCUCAGCGGCAACACAAGCUUUUGGAGCCAGCCGGAAGUAGCCACCCGCAUAGGCUUCGGCACCGCACCCUGGCGCUGCAUUAGCAGCUGCCAAACGCAGUACUACGCGUCCGCCGCUGAGUGUGCACCCGACUGUAUUUCCCAAGCAUACUGCGAACCAGGAGGUAUGGCUCUCAGCGACCCCGAUACCACCUGCUGUUUGCUCAACCUCCUUGACCAGCUGGAAGUCUUUGGGGAUACAUCACCCCCCUGGUGCAGCAGCUAUCCAUCCCGCUCGCUCCGCCACGUGGCCGCGUGGCACCAUCCCUCCAUCAACAUCACAGAACCCCCCGAGUUCAGCCUGGUGGAUGACCUGGUGUGUCUGCCGCUGGAGGAAAUCUUCGAUCCCUCCACGUGGAUUUGCGACCGCAUGGAUGGCCGAAAAGCGGACAUGGCAGAUUUCGGAUUUCCAGGGAAAGUGGCAUACAAUCUUGCAUCUAGCUACUUUAUGAUGAUGCUCGAUCCAUGUGGAUUGGGUCGAGCGCUGGUGCAGCGCAGCGUGUCCAGUCUCAACCCUAACCUGGCGCUCCGCACUGUGGCAUUGGAAAAAUGUCUGUUUGCGCCUUUCACGGAGCUCAACGCCAUGAGGUGGUCCAACAGAGCACGUCUGGAGUGGAGCGAGGAGCUCCAGAAAUCGCUAGAGAGUAUCAAGUACGGUAACCAGUCUUAUCCAAGAGGCUUCCCCCCACCAGUUGUUGACCCCGUGGCUGCCCGGCCCUUCCUGCCCGACACACUCAAGCGCCUUACCAUCAAGCGUACGAAUGAUGGCCGACACCCGACACAAGCGUGGCAGGGCAAGCCGGUGAUCAAGGGCUUCCUGCCCGCGGAGUGGGCACUACUGAAGAACCUGGAGCAUCUGGAUUUGAGCGACGAGAUGGGCGAGGGGCUUAUCGAGGGGCCCAUUCCCAGCACCUGGCUAAUGAUGACCAAGCUGAGAACAAUCAAUUUGACAGGCCACACCAACUUCUGCAAAGAUUGGCAUAGGAUUGUGUCGUACCAGAUUCAGUGGUAUACCUACCAAACACCAUACGGUGCGGUUUGGGGCCUCCCUAAGCGCUACUACGGGCCAAUCGAUUGGUCUAACAAGGGUACGCAAUGGAACGUCACGGUGUACGACAUGGAUGGCCUCGGAUGGCAGUGGUACGACCCCAGUACCGGAGAAGCUGGCUACACCAACAUAAUCGCCCCGGACGGCAAAUGCUGUUGGGACACCUUCAGCGACCAGUUCGCAGCCCGCAACUACACCCUCACGGGCCCCUCGGGGACAAGCGGCCCAUGGGACUACUACGGCCUCUCGUACGAGCGAGCGCAGCUCUAUUGCUUCCUGACCAGCACGCAAGCCAGUUUUGCAAUACCUGUGAUCUCGCGAGGACCCUUUUACAUCGCAAUAGCUGUCCCGGACCUUGCAGCUCUAUAUUGUAAGGUCUGCGGUUGUGUUGUUGAGUACACUGCGCUUGCACGAGGUGCAUCAUCUGUCUUCGGCGAUGCCCCAGAAACCCAGCAAGCUAGCAGCAGCAGCAGCCGCCCUGAGACGCCAGAGCCCGCUGAGACAAACACAACUACACAGAGUCCUAAUGGUACGGCUGUGGACAUCGACACAGCUGCUGACCGUGGGCCACAGACCACAUCGUUUGUCGAUACCAGCAACGGCAGUUCAACUAUUAAUUAUGCCAUUAACACCACAGCUAGCGCGCGCAGCAGCCGUGAUAGCGCUAGCAUGGCGGCGCUCUCACCACCGCCAACAGCCAAUUCCCUGGAGGAGCGUCUUCCUCAGGGUAUCAAGCUGGGGCGCGAAGGUCUGAAGGAGGUAACCGUCAUGUCAUCGGCGCUGCCCUCAUCACCUGCGUUGGUGACCGAUAACGGAACCUUAAGCGACGUGCAAGGAUCGUAUGACAAGGGGCCAGGUCUUGGGGCGGCAUGGAGGCUAGAUCCCGGGUCCAAUGGUGAUUACCUGUUCAAGAUCCAGGUUGGAGACGCCGUCUGGUAUCGCUGGGUUGUAGUGGACAUGGACCCGCCUGCUAUCACAGGGGCCCUCUACGUAUCGAGCAACACAGUCGUCCUUAGCGAGCUCGCCUCACUUACUGGUAGCUCCGCUCUGCCAUCAAUACGACACUUGAUGGUCCUGCUCAACAUGUCCGAGCCCGUACAGAAAUUCAACUUGGCCUCCGCUUUGCAGCUCAACAAAGAUGUCUACCUCGUCAGUGCCGAUUGUUAUGAAUCCGCUACCGCCGCUGUAAGCUCGCUGAUGAUGGUGGCUUCGAGUCCAAUGACACUGGUGAAGACCGUGGGAUCGCUGGAAGUGGUCGGCUCAUCCAGCGGGCAGGAGACAGUUACAGAGGACGUCGUCAACGUUACAGCCUCAGCUGGCAAAUCUUAUGUGCGGUCAUGCUUAGCAGUCAUGUACGCUCCGGAGGUCGGCUCGCCGUCCGUGACCCUCCCGGCCGGUGCUGUGAAGGACACCACGGGUAAUCCGAGCACCACGUCGUUGGUCUUUGAAACCCAGCUCGAGAAGAAUGCCCGUGAGGCUGCUAUGGAACGCAUUGGUGAUGCCACGAAAACAGUUUUGGGAGGCGUCCUAGCCGCGACUGCCGUAACUGGCUCGGUUUCGGCUCUGUCCUCGGUGUCCUCACAGUCGUCAAUGCUGCAAAGCGCGUAUCACAUUCAGAUGCUAGCCAUGAGCUCAAGCUUUGCCUCUCCCGGCAUCAGUUCUGCGUACCGUAAGAUCUCACGGUACCUGCGCUGGUCACUUAUGGGCAUUAAGGGCAAUAUACCCGUCCUGGACAACGCGUUCAGCUCCCAGCCGGCGGUCAAUGACAGCAGCAAGAAUGCCAACCAGAGUCCUAGGACGGUCAAAAAUGCGCUUCAAGAUUCCGCCUCGCCGGUGCUGCCACCACCACCGGCGGGCUUGUCACGCCGUCGCGAUCUGGCAGCAGCUGCUACACCAGCGCCUUUGAUGAUGCCGCCAUCUCCUUCAAAAGUGCAGCCGCUCACGGAAAAUUCGCCAUCCCCAAGGCCAGCAGUUCCAACCCCCUACCCAACCCUUCUGCCCCCGCGCUCUAAUGCAUCUAUAUCGGGCCCUAACAUACUAAUAUCUUUUUUGCGGAGGAUCUCUGAACCGGAUUCCGCAGGUGGAAAUGGCAGCAAAAGCAGCAGCGCGGAUGCUGGUACGACGGAUUCCAGCGCCAUGUAUGCCAUCGCUGGAGGUGGUGACGAUGGUGAUGACGUGAAUGUGGACUCCAGCGGCCGCAUCGUGAAUGGAAGCUGGGGCAGUCCUGGACUAGAGGCAGAGACUAUCACCCCCGACAGCAGCGCAGCCAAAAACGUCCCCUUUCAGGAGGAUGAGCAGGACCUGGUGUACACAACGGCAGUCGCGCUGAUAAUCUUCGGCGGCCUACUGUUGGCCCAUGCCAUCGCAAUAGUGCUGUUCAAGCUGAUUAUGCGCCGCAAGGAGCUUCCCCCUAUCUUGCAAUUCCCGCGAGUGGAAGUCGACAUGGCAGGUCUUCUGCUUGUUGCGCUGACUUACUUCUCGUUCGACGCACUAGCACAACCGGGUUUCGGGCGGAACCAAAUUGUCGCUGUGCUCGUGCUGACCAUCGCCGUGCUUCCAUACUUCCUCCUGCUCUGGUGGAUAACGAGUUGUCGCUGGUACCUUGAGGAGACGCCGAUUCAAAAAAACAGCGGAAGCCUCAUGUCCGAAUGCCUAAAUUGCCCCAGACAAGACACCUUUACUACUGGGACAGCAAAGGCGGGUGAUAGCCAGGGAAGCCGAGUCCCAGCUGAAGAGGGUGCGCCCCGAGUUCAUGUGGUCCGCCGGCAGACCCCAAUAAUGCAACGUUCCAACGUACUUCAGCUGUUGAAGGGUGGUGUUGCCAUUGCACAGGAGUUGGACUGUGACGCUGCGGUGGAUGGAAACCCGCUACAUGGCCACGAAGAAAGCAGUGAAGGUGCCAACCUAACAUUACCAGAAAAAUGCACAGCACGAAAUGAUCCAGAGCCACUCAUCGGUCAGAGCAAUCCACGCAAUUGCUUCACCGAAGGCAUCUGCAGCAUGCCUUCCAAGGCGCUGGAUCAGCCAGCACAACUACCACCACACCAACAGGAGCAGCAACAGGAGCAGCAACUGCAACUGCAACAGCAGCAGCUACAGAAACAGAAACAGGAAGAGCAGAAGCAGGAGCAGCAGAUGCUGCUGCUGCUAAAGUGCCCUGAUGACCUGUCACUCGGCAACUUCGGCGGGCUCAACCACACCCUCAAGCAACCCAAAGAGCAUUGGGGCUCGGCCGAGUUGGCCCCGGUGAUACAGUGCGUCCCGUCGUCUACACGUCGUCUAAGACCCCGAGGAAGUUCAACCCGGUCCAACUACCUUCAUCCCCAUGCGGAGCUCACGACGAAAAUUCAGGAUGCAGUUGGUGCACUGGGUGACGAGCAGGGCGCAAAAAGCACCAACAAGACCUCAAACAGCCGUAAGUGGUGGAUGGGUCCCGACGAUGAAGGUCGUUCCAGCUGCACCCAGACGCCCACACCUGGCCGGCGGGCUUCUGCUCUCUGGCGGCAGCGUAACAGCAGCCUAGUCGGAGCUUCACAGCCUGGCAGAAGAUCAUCCUCUGAAAUCACCGCCCAGGCAGCAGCAUUGGCAUGCACUGAGAAUGGUUUAAGAAAUCAGCUGGUGGCAGAAGCCUAUAUCCCAGAAGAUAUGGUGAUGAACCCGAUACAGGCGCCAUGGGAGUCAGUGUUAAACUGCCCGGAGUCGAAGAGUACUCCGGCGCAUUUCCAAGCAUCAAAAGAAGAAAUAUCAGCAGUUACAGACGCCGCUGGUACCCCACUAGUGCCCCCCCCACCCACCGGACAAUUGUCCUCGCGUUUGCAAACCGACGCGAGCGCAGAGUUGAAGGCGCCUAGCAGCUGCGGGAUGCUGUUGGUUGCUAAGCCAGACACGGAUAGGGCGCCGUUUGUGCAGAGCAAUGCACGAAAAUUGGACUCGGCCAUAACCGGUGUUUUACCAAAUCCGUUCUUUGGCACUUUCUGCUCCCUGUCCACUCCGAAGCCGGGCCGAACCAGUGAUAUCAGGCCAGGGACUGGGUCAUCGAGGCGAGCCACGAAGGUGCAGCCGUGUGACGAGGAAGAGAAACCGUUGGAAAUGGGCAACGGUAGGAGUGACAGGGCCGGUGGUGGGGCUGGACCCUUGGCUGAGGCGGCGGAGGCAGCGAAAAGCGGUAAUACACAUCUUUCCCGUGAGGACAAGAUCAUCCUGAGCAUCACAGCCAUGAACGUGUCGCACAAGGCUGCCUGCGCUGCGGCAUUUGGCUUCCUUGGGCGCUACAGUCGGAGUGUGCUACAAAUGGUAUUGUUGUUCGUCCUACAGGUCACGAUCAUACUGCAACUGACGAUUUGGCGGCCUUAUGUGAGCUCCCAGCAGCAGUUCGUGGAGGUGGUAUGCCACAUGGCUGUUUUGGGGCUGAUCGUCUGCGCGGUUUCAUUGCUGGACAAAAACCCAGAUGACAACCAUGCACCCAGCACUUGGAUUAUGAUUGGUUGCUUCGGUCUCUCAGCUGCAGUUGUUAUCGGGUCAGGCAUGUUGGGUUCGAUUACUAGCAUGGCAAAGGCGCUGAAGGCGGCUUACGCUUGGCUCCUCCAAAAGCGGAAGGGCAACGGCUCCAUGGAGCACCUGGCCGCCAGGACAGAGCGAGGCAGCUAG